UGGGCGGAGCGCGGGGCGGCCCGGGGAGCAACACCGGAGGGUCGUCUCGAGAGCGCCGUUCGACUCGCCAGCCCAGGUUCAUCUUUUCCGCUGAGUCCAGCCUGCAUCCGCCCAGCCUGGCCACGGGGGUUCUGCACUUCUCCUUGCUGCUCUACUCCUUCCCCUGCCCUUCACUUCUCCUCCUCUGCCCCAGGUCGCAGAUAUGGCUGCAGCAGCCAUGACUCAGGCAGCCGCAGUGCAGCACACAGGCAGGGAGAAGCAGAGCCCGGCAGUGUAGAGAGCUGCCUCCAGCUGCUCCGGGAGGCAUUUGAAGAUGUGGCGCUGUACUUCACCCGCAAGGAGUGGGAGCUGUUGGGAGAUGGAGACAAGGCACUUUACCGGGACCAGAUGCUGAGGAAUUACCAAGCCCUUGUUUCCCUGGGGUGUCGAGGUCCUGCACCAGACUUGAUUGGCCGCAUCCAGCGGGGGGAGGUGGAGCUCUGGGUCUGUGUUGAUGAGCACCCUAGGAGACAUGCAUGGUUUGAGGGCCUGUCCCCAGAUUGUUCUGAUAUGGGGGACACCAGGGACUCAGUGGCAGAGGAAAGCUGUGUGGAAUCAUUCCCUGGACCAGGCCUUUGCCUGCAAGCAGCAGGUUCCAUGAAGCUGAGCAGAGCCGAGUUGCAGCCUCGUGGGGAAGAACUUGCAAACCUGGGGCUGAUUCCAGCCAGAAACCAGCUCCUUAGGCAAUGGGGACAGAGAGCAGCUGAGCCACAGAAGAGCCCUGUGUGCCAGGAAGGAUUUAAGGAGCAGAGAGACCUGAAGAGCCAUGAGGGCAGCACUGUCCAGGCAGAGGCCUUGUAUAUCUGUGGAGAGUGUGGCAAGAGCUUUUGGGGCCAACAAGAGCUCCAGGCGCACGAUGCCACUCACGUGCGGGAGCUAGCCUACCCCUGCCUUGAGUGUGGAAAGAGCUUCCGCUACAAAUACUGUCUCAUAGACCACCGGAGAACACACUCAGGGGAGCACCCCCACGUCUGCCAGGACUGUGGGAAGAGCUUUCCCCGCCCAUCCCAUCUCCAAGUUCACCGGCGCAUCCACACUGGGGAAAAGCCGUAUGGCUGCAAAGAGUGUGGGAAGAACUUUGCACAGAGGUCUUCUCUCACUAAGCACUGGCGUGUGCACAGCACAGAGAAACCCUAUCAUUGCAGUGACUGUGGGAAGAGCUUCAAUGACCCAUCUUACCUCCAUGUCCACCAACGUCUGCACACAGGGGAGAAGCCCUACAUCUGUGGACAGUGUGGGAAGAACUUCUACCACACAUCCCACCUCAGAAGCCACCAGCGCCUGCACACGGGGGAGAAGCCCUAUGGCUGUGGGCAGUGUGGUCACCAUUUCAGGCACAGAACAUCCCUCAUUGAACACCAGCGCUUGCACACGGGGGAGAAGCCAUACCUCUGCGUCCAGUGCGGGGUGAGCUUCCGGCAUAGCUCAUCUCUCACCAAGCACCAGGGGACCCAUAGGCCAGACCCUCACCUUUGACAGGGAUCCUUUUCUACCACUUCUUGUCUUACCCUCCCCCUUGACAGGGGGUGGGGGGGGUGGGAUUUGCCUGGCCUGAAAUGCCCCCGAAGCUCCAUUCCCCAGGUGCUGGGUUUGCACUGUCCUUGAAGAAGGGAGCGGUCUCCUAAAUGAGCUUUAGUUGGGGUUAUAGCCUGCAGCUGAGACAGAUGAAACAAGUGAGCUCAGAGCUGUUCUUCAGGGGGCUCAAGUUUUUCUUGUUGCUUUUAAGGGCCCCUUUCAGUGUUGCAUCUUAGCACUGACUGAGGUGGGGGCAGAGUCUUUCUUUUACUACUGCAUAUACUUAAUUCAAAGAUGAGGUUUCUUCCCCCCAUUUGACAUGAUGGAGUGGGGCUGGGGAAUCCCUCAUCUCUUAGAAUUACAUACAGCAGUGGAGGUGGGGGUGGCUGCUGUGGCUCAGGCUCCUGCCGCAGCUGAUACUUGUGUCUUCUACCAUCUCUGCACCCUACAGCAGUGUGAAGGAUGGAUUCAAGAUGACCCUCCAAGAAUUAGAAUGUGUACAUGGAAAAUAGUAACAAAUUUAUACAUUUUCCAUGUAUAGAAUCAAAUUAUGGGGGGGAGGGUUGUCUUGGAUUCAAGUAAAUACGAUAUUUGCUGGGGCUCUUUGGAAUAUAGUGUGUGUAUUUUGGGGGGGGAGUUAAGUGUGCUUUUUGCAGAGUGGGGUGACCACUGCCCCUCAUUUUCAGGAGAAAAGGUACAGGCUUGAAUGAAGAGGUGGUGAGAAGAUGGGAAUUAUCCAUUAGGGUUGAGGUGGGUGGUGGCGGGGGGGGGGGUAUUGGGGAGAUUUCUUGUCUUUGGAUGCCAGUGGUGGCUCCACUGUGUGGUUGAAAUUAGAAGGGGCUUGCUUAUUGGGGGGGAGGGGGAAAAUUGGGAUUUCUCAUGUUUUAGAUUACUGUCUGGGGAAUCUCAUCUCUUGAUUGUUUAUUGUAAGCUACUCUGAGUCUUUUGGCCAGGGCAGUGUGUAAAACUAAGAAAUAAACGGAUUCAUUGCUGUG